AGUCACCACCGCACACCACCAGUUUCCGAGAAUUUUGAGCGUAUCGCGGCGCCCUGGAACCAGAACUUCUCGCCCCAUUCGCCUUACGAAACCUCACUACUAACCCCCCCCGUCAAGUCGCCCGACAACAGCACAACAGCGACAAGAUGCGAACCUACGACGACUCCUUCUCGGGCCAGAGGAUUUACCCUGGCAAGGGUAAAAUCUACGUCCGUGGCGACAGCAAGGUCUUCCGCUUCCAGAACGGCAAGUCCGAGUCGCUUUUCCUGCAACGAAAGAACCCCCGCCGCAUCGCAUGGACUGUCCUCUACCGUCGCCAGCACCGCAAGGGCAUCUCUGAGGAGGUCGCCAAGAAGCGCACCCGCCGCACCGUCAAGUCGCAGCGUGGCAUCGAGGGUGCUUCCCUGGACGUGAUCAAGGAGAAGCGCACGCAGCGCCCCGAGGCCCGCACCGCCGCCCGCGCCGAGGCCAUCAAGGCCUCCAAGGACAAGAAGAACGCCGCCCAGGCCGCCAAGAAGGCGGAGAAGGCCAAGAACGCCGCCGUCGCCGCCAAGGGCCAGACCGUGAGGAACGUCAGCAAGCAGGGCGCCAAGGGCGCAGCUCCCAAGCCCGCCGCCCGCACUCGCUAAGCGGCCUUCCCCUUUUGUUGUCUACACUCCUUCCUUAACGAAACCAUGAACGAUUGAGAGAGAGAGAGAGAAGAAAGAGGGGUGGCAAGGCGAAAGCGCAGGACGGGACGUCGAGGAUGAAAGAAUAAAGGGAAAUUCUGGGAGUCUCGCGGUUUUCUACUUUGUGUGUUUUGGUUCCGGGACCGGUUCUUCGACACAACUCGGGUGCAUGGCGUGCCAUAGGGUGCAUUGGUAGUUGAGCAAAUGACAACCGGUGCAAGUGUCCAUGACUGGC